GUAGGACGCCUUCAACCACGCUACGGACUCCGACACCUAAGCACGGCUUCGGCUCGGCCGAUUAUCGAUUGAUCGCAAACACCUCAAGUGAAAAGAACAUAUAAUAGCAAACAUGCCUUCAACAUACUCACAACCAGUUUCAAAAAUACCGCCAACGAAGCCCGACACGACAUCUCUCCCCCGAAUCCUCUGUCUGCAUGGCGGCGGCGUCAACGCCGCUAUAUUCAAAGCGCAAUCGCGAUCUCUGAUCCGCCAUCUCCAACACUCCUUCCGCCUCGUAUGGGCCGACGGCCCUUUUUUCUGCGAUCCGCACUCAGACAUCAUCGGCGUGUACAGCGAUUACGCACCUUUCCGACGCUGGCUGCGAUGGCUUCCCGAACACCCUGAGAUCGAUGCGGACACAUGUAUUGAAGAGAUUGGAUACGCGAUGCGCACAGCAAUGGAAGAUGAUGAUCGGGAAGGCGGCACAGGCGAGUGGGUAGGCUUGAUGGGCUUCAGUCAAGGAGCAAAGCUAUCCGCAAGCCUACUACUCGAACAGCAAGCAAGGGAAACACAAGCGCGCAAAGAAGGCACGAAGAUCGCCACUGGUAUCACAGGAAUCUCAGGUAUAAGGUGGAGGUUUGGGAUACUACUCGCUGGUCGAGCGCCCCUAAGCAAUCUGAACCCUGAGCUCAUGAAGAGCGAGGCUCUUGUGAGUGCGGGUGACAUAUCGGAAGGGUUUCAAUUCUGCAGAGAGGUGGACGAGGAGGCUACACUACAUAAGCCUACACUGCAUGUCCACGGCAUGGCGGAUCCAGGUCUACAUCUUCAUCGGAAAUUACUACACGAGUAUUGCGAAGACUGUACAGUGACGUUGGUGGAAUGGGAAGGCGCACAUCGGAUACCGCUCAAGAGUAUGGACGUUGAUCGGGUGGUUGACGCGAUAUAUGAUAUGGCUGAGAUGACUGGGGUGAAGGUUUUGAGGACUGUCUGAGGUGACGAGAUGGCAGACAAGAAGAAUAUAUUCAUUAGGAACGAGCAGUGGUGCCAACAACGUUUCGGUGAAACAGACCUUGCAGUGAUCUUUCUCAUCACGGCAGUCUACACAACAACUGUUGGGAUAAUGAGGAUGUGAUGGGGCCAUCGUCUUAUCUCCACGGUGAUCCAUCCCGAACCGG